AUGGUACCUAACCAUGAUCUAAAAAAUCCAUUUGUUGAUACUAUACAGCAUUAUGAUAAUACAGAGUAUGUUUCUUCUAUAAAAGAAGAUGUUAAAGAGAGUGUAUGUAAUGAAGAAGAGGAAGAUGAAGGUGAAACAAUGAGUGAUAGUGAUAGCACAGAUACUAUUUGGGGUAAAAAAUCAAAAAAGAAAUUAAAGAAAAAAUCUAAAGUAACCAAUAAAAAAAGAGGUAGAAAGAGCAAUUCUAAGAGUUCACAAGAGACAACAAAUUCACAAUUGAAAAGAGGUGUUUGGUCCAAAGAAGAAGACAAGCGAUUGACAAAUCUAGUUUCUGAGUUUGGAGCUAAAAACUGGGGAUUUAUAGCUGAAAAGAUGGAAACAAGGGUUGGAAAGCAAUGUAGAGAAAGAUGGUUCAAUCAAUUAGAUCCUUCUUUAAAUAGAAAUCCAUUUACAAUUGAAGAAAAAAAUUUUAUAAUUCAAGCUCAAAAGGAACUUGGUAAUUCUUGGUCUAAAAUUGCUAAAAGAAUGCCUGGUAGAACUCAGAAUGCUAUAAAAAACUUCUUUAAUUCUUUGAACAAAACAAAUAAAAGACAGGUUAAAUAA